UGUUCUCGUAUCCUCUAGAUGUGGACUGUACCCUAUUUGUACCAUGGCACCAUCACAGGACAAAAAACAAGGGCUUCUGGGACAUCCAAUGGGCAGGUUUAAGCAGAAUGUAAUGUCUGCAAUAACACAGCACUGAGAUGAGAUGGUCGUGCAUGCAUGCAGCUGCAGGCACAAAUGCAUCGGGCUCUCUCAUGCGAUUGGGGAGGCUGAUUGAGCGCUUGUGUGCCCGUGUGUGAGAGCGUGUUUUAAUUCAGCCUCACAAAGCCUCUUCCAAGGAGAGGCUUCUGAAUUCAUCACACAACGGCAAGGUCUCUGCUGGUAUCUGACAAUGUUUCGCAAAAAGAAAAAGAAGAGGCCAGAGAUUUCAGCACCGAAGAACUUUGAGCAUCGUGUUCACACGUCUUUUGAUGCAAAGCGAGGAGUCUUCGUCGGCCUUCCUACACAAUGGCAGAGUUUAAUCGAGAACCUCCGCAGACCCAAACCGAUGGUGGACCCGUCCAGAAUUACACCAGUGGAGCUCAAACCAAAGAAGACCAUCGUGCGAGGGAGUAUGAUUGGCCAUGGAGACUACAUCUCAGCCAUGCUGUCAGACAUGAACCGCCUGUCGGUCACCAGCUCCAACUCUCUGCGCAAGAGCAGCCCGUCGGCACGCAAGAGAGCACAGUCACUCGGCCGCCUCGGGGAGGUGACCGAGGGCGACACGUAUCAGUAUGAAGGACUGGAGCCAUCUCGGGAUGAACCGGACCCUCACUGGGGCGACAGUUCACGGAUCAUCCACAGCGAAAGCGGGACACCGUACAUGGGUCUAAAGAAAAGCAUCAUGCUCCAGCCCAACGGCGUGCUGCCCCGAGCAAAGUCCACCUAUGAAGUCAGCACGAGCUCUUUGGAGGGGCCUCCACCUCAUCCGGUCCUUCCCGCACCUCCUCCACCCCCCAUCCCGUUCCCAGAGCCCCUCAGAACUAUGUAUGUGGGUGGAGAUGUUGGGAGUCCGACCGAGAGACUCAUGAUGAGAAGAGAGUUUCCCAUUGUGUUCACACACAACCACAGACCCGUUACCUAUUUCUACAGUCCCACGAUGCCCAUGCAGCAACCUCACGGAGACAGCGGGGGUCUCACUCCUGAUAUGAGAACUGCAAACAGACUAUUGGUACACCUGCAAAACAGCCCUGGGAGACCGUACUCCUCAUAUGACCUGAAGUCCGACGCUAUGAGGCACCAACCCGGCUAUAUGCACAGCGGUACCAGCAGUCCACUCGUGAGUGGCACCAGACCACACAAAACCAUCCGUUCUUCUUCUAGCUACACUAUAGGACUCUCUCCCAACAUUAGUUAUCGACCCACCGGUCCAGAUCCCUUUAUGAGACACUCUGGCUGCCCAAACCCAGGACUCUACCCCAGACAGGACAGCCCGUCCCAGCCCAGACCCUCACCCACCGGUUCCCUGGCCAACAGCCCCCCAGGAACCUGUUCCCCUGCAUUCAGACCCCCUCAACACCCCUCGCCACGACCCCCGCCCGACCCGCCCAAAGUGACCCAUGAUCAGUUCAAGGCCGCCUUGCAGAUGGUGGUGGACAAAGGAGACCCGCGCUCGUACCUGGAGAACUUUGUGAAGAUCGGAGAAGGUUCCACGGGUGUGGUGUGCAUCGCCUGCGAGAAACACAGCGGACGGGUGGUGGCGGUCAAGAUGAUGGAUUUGAGGAGACAACAGCGCCGAGAACUUCUCUUCAAUGAGGUGGUGAUCAUGAGAGACUAUCAGCACAGGAACGUGGUGGAGAUGUUCAAGAGCGCUCUUGUGGAGGAGGAACUCUGGGUAAUCAUGGAAUAUCUUCAGGGAGGAGCUUUAACCAACAUUGUGUCAGAAACCAGGUUGAGCGAGGAACAGAUCGCUACAGUGUGUGAAGCCGUGCUGCAGGCGCUCGCGUAUCUCCACUCGCAAGGCGUCAUCCAUCGAGACAUCAAGAGCGACUCUAUCCUGCUCUCAUUGGACGGCAGAAUCAAGCUGUCGGACUUUGGAUUUUGUGCCCAGAUCAGUAAAGAUAUUCCGAAGAGGAAGUCUUUAGUGGGCACUCCGUACUGGAUGGCACCAGAGGUCAUCUCAAAGUCACCUUACGGCACUGAGGUGGAUGUUUGGUCUUUGGGCAUCAUGGUGGUGGAGAUGGUGGAUGGAGAACCUCCAUACUUCAGUGAAACGCCUGUGGCAGCCAUGAAGAGACUGAGAGACGAGCCGGCGCCAACCGUACGCAACGAUAAUCAGGUGUCUCCGGUGCUGAAGGAUUUUCUGGACCGUAUGUUGAUGCGAGAUCCACUGGAGCGAGCCAGCGCCACCGACCUCCUGGAGCAUCCGUUCCUCCUGCAAGCCAGCUCGCCGCAGUGCCUGGUGCCCCUAGUGGAGCAAUACCGCAAGCGCAUGUCUCGCUGCUGAAGUUCCCUUUGUUUUCGCCAGCUCGUCACACGGAGGCCCCUGAGGGCCCCUCACAGUGUUAGAUGCCCUGCCGAGUGGAAAAUAAAAACCAGGAGCAAAAUGAGUGGCUUUGUUGGGCAGCUAGUCUGUUUUUCUUCAGAGGAAUAAGGAUUAAGGUGGUUGUUUUGGUGCAUUUAGGUGCAUUUCGUUACUUUGGAAGUACUCUCAGGUCUGUUUAACACAUUUUUCCCAAUGCUUAAUGACCAUAACGACUAAGUAGUCCUUACCAAGUGUUUUCCAACUGUUUGAUGCAAAAUAGUAAAUGUGAUGAGCGAGAACCACAUUAUAGCGACCACGAGGAGGUUACCCCGUGUGACUCUAACCUCCCUAGCAACCGGGCCAAUUUGGUUGCUAAGGAGACCUGGCUGGAGUCACUCUUGCUAUUCCAGGUGUGAUAGUCAGCGUCUUUACCACUGAGAUACCCAGACCCCCCAUUGUGAUUGUAUUAAAGUAAAAUUAUAAUUAUGAAAAUAUAAGAUGUCUAAUCCCAAAGGAAAAUAUUUUCAGUUCAAUUUAAUGUGUAUUUGAAUAGCACUUUCCCAAUCAAUAUUGUCUUAAAGCAGCGUAACGGAGAUUAGUGAUGUGCAACCGUUUUCUUUUCAUAACAUAUUCAAUUAAGUGCAGAUUUCUUUUUAUUUCUAACGACUGUCAAUGGAACAAAAUAAUCAUGAUUAAUCUCAUGAUUUCAGAGUAAAACCUGUGGCAAGCCAAAAAUAUGCGGAUCACGGAGGGUCCGCUGUGGCGACCCCUAAGAAGAAGAAUCUCAUGAUUUCAGAAUGAAAUGCCAAUAAUGUGAAAAAUGUUUCACAGAACCCCCUAAAGUUUCACAGAAACCCCUAAAGUUUCACAGAACCCUCUAAAGUUUCACAGAACCCCCUAAAAUUUCACAGAACCCCUAAGUUUCACAGAACCCCCUAAAGUUUCACAGAACCCUCUAAAGUUUCACAGAACCCCCUAAAAUUUCACAGAACCCCUAAAGUUUCACAGAACCCUCUAAAGUUUCACAGAACCCCCUAAAGUUUCACAGAUCCCUCUAAAGUUUCACAGAACCCUCUAAAGUUUCACAGAACCCCUAAAGUUUCACAGAACCCCCUAAAGUUUUACAGAACCCCCUAAAGUUUCACAGAACCCUCUAAAGUUUCACAGAACCCCCUAAAGUUUCACAGAACCCCCUAAAAUUUCACAGAACCCCUGAAGUUUCACAGAACCCCCUAAAGUUUCACAGAACCCUCUAAAGUUUCACAGAACCCCCUAAAAUUUCACAGAACCCCUACAGUUUCACAGAACCCUCUAAAGUUUCACAGAACCCCCUAAAGUUUACCAUAUCCCUCUAAAGUUUCACAGAACCCUCUAAAGUUUCACAGAACCCCCUAAAGUUUCACAGAUCCCUCUAAAGUUUCACAGAACCCCCUAAAGUUUCACAGAACCCCCUAAAGUUUCACAGAACCCUCUAAAGUUUUACAGAACCCCCUAAAGUUUCACAGAACCCCCUAAAGUUUCACAGAACCCUCUAAGGUUUCACAGAACCCCCUAAAGUUUCACAGAACCCUCUAAAGUUUCACAGAACCCUCUAAAAUUUCAGAGUACCCCCUAAAGUUUCACAGAACCCUCUAAAGUUUCACAGAACCCCCUAAAGUUUCACAGAACCCCCUAAAGUUUCACAGAACCCUCUAAAGUUUCACAGAACCCUCUAAAAUUUCAGAGUACCCCCUAAAGUUUCACAGAACCCCCUAAAAUUUCACAGAACCCUCUAAAGUUUCACAGAACCCUCUAAAAUUUCACAGUACCCCCUAAAGUUUCACAGAACCCUCUAAAGUUUCACAGAACCCCCUAAAGUUUCACAGUACCCCCUAAAGUUUCACAGAACCCUCUAAAGUUUCACAGAACCCUCUAAAAUUUCACAGAACCCCUAAAGUUUCACAAAACCCUCUAAAGUUUCACAGUACCCCCUAAAGUUUCACAGAACCCCCUAAAGUUUCACAGAACCCCUAAAGUUUCACAAAACCCUCUAAAGUUUCACAGUACCCCCUAAAGUUUCACAGAACCCUCUAAAGUUUCACAAAACCCUCUAAAGUUUCACAGUACCCCCUAAAGUUUCACAGAACCCUCUAAAGUUUCACAGAACCCUCUAAAAUUUCACAGUACCCCCUAAAGUUUCACAGAACCCCCUAAAAUUUCACAGAACCCUCUAAAGUUUCACAGAAGUUUCACUCAACUCGCGAAUGACAUUUGGUGCCUAUAUGGCGCAGGUUGGCAUCUGAUGUUAUUGAUGUUCAACCUGCAUGUUUCUGGACAAUUACGGCAACAGAUGGAAGAAAUGUGCGCAUGCCAAGCCACUUCAUGGGGUCUAAAAUGGGGUCUUUAUUUAGCAGAUUCCCCUCCAGUACCAGCACCAUUCAGUGUGGGCUUGAAAGACUGUGUUUUACCACCGCAAACCGAUGCUUAAUACUGGCAUGGCUGAACCAUGGCACAUUUCGCUUAAAUCUUAAUUUGAGGAAAGGAAGCUAACGACAAAACUGAUGUCAUUUUUUUUCUGCACUGACAAGUGAAAAAGGUUUUUAUGAGGCAUUGUAAGUAAUUGUACAUAUUUUAAAGACUUAUUAUUUUUUCCAUUGGAUUGGGCACCUGCUUUUCAAAAGGGUGCUGUGAAUGGUUUGUAAAGUGUAAAUAUUGCACCUGAGCUUGAAACGGCUCCUGUAAAAGUGUCAGGCGAACAAAUAAUGUACAUAAUCAUACCCAUAUUUGCAUUUGUUUGCAAUGUUAUUUAAUGUGUGUGUGUGUGUGUGAGAGUGUGUGUGAGAGAGAGUGAGUGUGUGUGUGUGAGAGAGUGAGUGUGUGUGUGUGAGAGAGUGAGAGUGUGUGUGUGAGAGAGUGAGUGUGUGUGUGUGAGAGAGUGAGUGUGUGUGUGUGAGAGAGUGGUUAGGCUGCAUGUUGAUGCUUUGGCAACAUUGUGUUACACAGUCAUGCUAAUAAAGCAAAUUUGAAAUUGAAAUUGAAAUUGAAAUUGAAUUGAGUGAGAGUGUUUGUGUGAGAGAGUGAGUGUGUGUGUGUGAGAGAGUGAGUGUGUGUGUGUGUGUGUGUGUGUGUGUUUACACUUUGAAUGCAGCAUUCAUUGUGACGUUUCCAAAAUUCUCACCCUGUAAGUUCAUGUGUAGAGAAGAGAGAGAGAGAUUGAUUUAAGGGGCGUUCACACAGUAUGCGUUCCUAUUUUCCAUCUCAACGGCACGGCUAAGGUUGUUUGUGAAUUUGUGAUUCGAGAGCCGCAGCAGAGAUUACCAGUGAAUAAUAACUUAAAUAUGGCACACAAUUCUUACCUUUAUGACUUAUUUUGGUCCUUUUUAAAGCUUGUCAGCCAUAGCGUCUCAAGUUAUAAGUAAAUGUGUCCAAUGGCCGCUAUCUUCUAUUCCAUUCCGUUGCGCUCUGUGCAGCUGUUUUGCAAGAACACGUUCUGUGUGAACGGCCCCUUAUAUUUUGCACAGCUCUGUGAAUAUGAUGUUGAAAUGAUCAGAGCCGCUGUGAAUGCACGACUCAUCUCACCUUCUCUCCAAAACAUGUUUUGUGCGCUUGUGUUGGUGUGUUUGUUGUUCAUGGAAAGAGAAAUAUACGUACAUUUUUUAAACGAAUAAA